GACAGUUUAUACAAAUCUUUUUUGGUAAUUGGUGGAUAUUUUGUACAGUAAAGCGUUAGUCAUAAAUCAUUAUCAGAAAUAACACUAUUUUAAAAUUAUUAUCAGUAAUAAUCAGUCAAUCGAGGUGGUGUUAUUUAUAUAAUAUUAAAAUGAUUGAGUUAACUGGAGAGAGUUUAGGUAAGCGACAACAAGAACUAAACGCCAAAGUGAAGGAAGCCAUACAGAAUAAGAUACAAUUCAACGACAUACGGAAUGCAGAGGAACAAUCUGACAUUGACAGGUUGUACAAGAUUGAUGUAGCAUCGCGCUAUAAAAAUAUUGAUUAUAUUUUAGAAGUAUUGAAAUGCGGAGACAGCUUGUACGUGUCCAGAGCUCUGAAGUGUGAUUGGCUGUAUAAUGAUGAAUAUGCACACAUUAUCAACCCUAACUACUUACACGAUGAGAUUUUUCCUCAUAUGUCCCUGAAAAUGAAAUCAAAAGGGAUUAAAACUGUAGCUACUCAUAUAAGAAAUCAAACAAGGGCAGUUGAAUUCUAUGAAUAUUUUAAAAUUCUCAAAUUGGAUGCUCUAGCAUUCAAAUUUGUUUUAUCUACAUCAGAGGCGUUUAAAAUGGAUACCCUCAAAGAUAAUGUUCAUUAUGUUCACAAUCACCCUGAACUUUUAAAAUAUUAUAUUGAUAAUUCAUUAAGUCUUGCUAAGGCAUACAUAUCUGAACUAAACUCAAGAAAUUUAAGAAAGGAUGAUGCCUUAUUUCGACUUUCUUAUUUAUAUAACAUUGAUGAUAAUGAAUAUUUGGAUUUAUUAGAGACUAAUUUCGAUUCAAACACGUGUGUUAGUUUCGGUAGUAGAAUAUCUAAAAGUAUAAUCACGAAACACAAAAAAAGGGUUCUCAGGGCCCCGCUUAUAUACAUGAAAAUAAUUAAAAGAUACAUGUUACUUCGACACAGUACAGCUGAUGAUGCUAAAAUUUAUAUUACCGCCCUCUUUCCAAUGAAGCUGGAAGUAUUUUGGCAGUAUAGUUUCUAUCACGAUAAUAAGGAUUUAUUUAACCUUAUACCAAAAACAGAAGUGUUUAACUUUUUCAAAAGCACCUUUAUGUCUAAGUAUGGUAAUGAACCAUUUGAAAUGAAUGUAGACUUCUAUCACCAUAAAUUUUACGAAAUGCUUACAAUUGAGGAAAGAGAAGAAUGGGCUUUGAAACACAUAGAGAGAGGUGAAGAGUUAUUGGGGAGCAAUAACGAUUACAUUUGGUAUAGGUUCGUAAGUUUCGAUAAAGCCAUUAAAGCGAUAAAGCAAUAUAUACUCGUAACCGCAGAUGAAAGUGAUAGAAAUAAAAUGUCAAGAAUAUUAAUAGACUCGUGUAGAAAUCAAAAAGAUUUAGAAAACCUAUUUAAUUACUACUACGAGAGAUUCGUCAAUGAAAUUGGACAUCACAGAGAACAGUUUAUCGAUAAGGUGAUCGCUAAAAAUAAUGUUUUCGAAUUUGAUGCCGUCUGUUGGGAAGCACUUAAUAAAAUAUUGCAUAGCAUGGAAGUGUAUACGCCUGGAUUUUACGGAAAGGAUCCAUAUAGAUUGGUUUGCAUCGUGUACAAUAUAUUACACGGCAAAGAUAUGCAUGAAGCAUUAACGUAUUGUAUAGAUAGUGGUAUAGACUUCUACCAUUUCAGUAAAUUUUCAAAGCACUUAAAAAAAGAGCAACUUGAGAGCGUUUUUGAAUACUUAUAUCACUAUAAUAUCUCGAAAUUUGAUAGUGACUCGUCUACACCAGCAAGGAUAAACAUUGUUCACAAAUUAAUGAGUAUGUUGUUAUUUUUUCAAAAAGACAAAGAUUAUUUACCCGUGUCUAUAACGUCAUUUAUAAAUAACAAUAUUGAGGAAUUUCGUAUUCACGGAUUAUGGAAUACGAAAGCGGAGAAAUUAACGGAUGCCACUCUGAUGCGGCUGUUAAAAAAAGAUAACAAGUUGGUGAUAAGUAAAUUUUCCGAAAUACAAGAACGAAUGAUGCAGUGUAACUUUAGACUUACGCAUUUGUUGAGAAAACUACGCAUAUACUUCUCCAAUAACAUUGCAAAGGACUUUCUUAACUUCUUCACCAAAUGCAUAGAGAAACCGACAACAUCAAAAUAUCCCAGUUCAAUGUAUGUCGUAAGGACUGCGGUCUACGGUAUCUUCCAAUUAGCAGACGAAGCCACUAAAUCUGAAUUUUUGAAGAAAUAUGUUCCGGAGGUAGGGAAAAUUAAUCACUCCCAGAUUAAUAAAGACCUUUUAACAAUUCAAGAACAAAUAUGCCGUUAUGCAUGCUAUUCGCGUCCACCGGUUCCGCUUGAAAAUAUUACACAGUACAUUAAAGGGGACUAUAUUCAUUAUUGUUUGCCUAUGAUAAGCAUGUACAUGGUAAAACUACCGUUGUCCAUGUCAAUUAAAUUAACAGAGUUUCUGUUAAAUAGCCCAGUAUCAAUACAGAAGCAUGGCAUUCGUCUAGCAUUCCAAGUAUACAGUAUGGAUAAUUUGAAAACUUUGAUAUCCGAAAUAUGGCAGAAGACCAGGAAUGUGUCGUUGAGACUAGUAAUUUAUAAAGCUCUUAUGAAAAAAAUUGUGAAAUCCCAAGAAUCUGUCCAAUAUGAGUUGAUGGAUUCUUUGUUAUCCAUCACAUCGCGCUUAAUUGAGGAUGACCAGAAUGAAUUGUACGACUGCAUGCUCAACCACGAAGUACCUUCGAUGUUUAAGAACGAUUUAUAUAAAACGGCUUAUAUAUGUGUGCGAGACUUUUCAGAUAAAAAAAUAAAAAACUUAGAAGUAAAAACAAGGAUCGUGGACAGAAUGAUUGACGUCAUGCCAGACAGGGGCUUUUGCAGAAUUGAAUUAAUCGAUAAUCAUGUUCGUUAUAUGCUGCAGGAAAAUGGAAUACAAAAAACGCACAAAUACGAAUUAACUAAAUUACAUGAUAAGUUAUGGCGGUUCACAUUUAAAUAUAUAAUGACCUGCAAUAAUCCGAGUGAGCUCGAAGAAUCACUUGCUUUUCUACAAACAUUUCUAGAGCUGUUAUUCAAACGUUGGAAUGUUGAUGUUGAUGGAAAACUUGUUGUGAUUGAAUUAUUUGAUUAUUUUAUAAAACAACUGAAAGAAAACUCAUAUCUGGACGUUAACAAUGACUACAUAAUCAAAAUAUUUGAAAAAAUUCUCCAGAUGGUCCAAGAAUACUAUCCAAGUCAUGUCAUGUAUCGGACAAUCUUGGACUUAAAACUUUUUAUAAUGAUGAGGAAAAUAAAGGGUGAGAAUCCUACUGGCAAUAAACACAUAGCUAAGCUUGCACACGAAUCGCUGUUAAAGUUUAUAACAGAUCUAAGAGAAAACAAUCUGCUGUUUCCUAGCUUCUUGGGUGAGAUUUGUAGAAUUAUUACUAAUAGUUUGAAUACUCUGGCAACAAUAAUGGGAAUAUAUUAUGACAUUCUGAUAGCGUACGUGUGUUACGAAAUCGUGUCAGGCGCAGAUAUGGAUCUUAUAAGAUUAUCUAUAGCUAUGUUACCCCUUGAUGUUUCACACGAUCAAGAAAAAUUGUUUAGAGAACUGAGUUUUGCGUUUUCAGAAAAAUUGAAAACUAUUAAUAAUUUUGAAAUUCAGAGUUUAUAUUACAAUAAGUUCAUAUUGAGCGAUUUUAAAAAGAGAUAUGAAUUUUAAAAAGUAUUUUACACGAUUGCGUGGCAUUUAUAUGCAUUUAACUAGUAUUAUAAAAUAAUAUAGUUACGAAAAAUGCGGGUACGAAAUAUGAAUUCCAUUUCACAACCAAUAUUUUAAGGAUUGUUAAUUAAAAAUUAAUUAUUAUUAAGGGUAAGAAUGCUUCUUUAGUUACCAAUAACUUGUAAAAAAAUGUGCUAUUUUUGUGGUAUUAGAGCCAAUUUAUUGUUUUUUAUAAAAUUAAAAUGUU